AUGCAGCAACAAGGGGCUGAAGCCACAAUCCCAGAUCAGCCGGGAACCCCACCUCGCCCGCCUUAUUCCCCGGUGACGCCCGUUUUUGCUCAUCUCGCGCCAGUCGCCUCCAACGAGCCUUCAAUCGUACCGCCACCUGCAUCUCCCUCUCCAACUUCACACCUCCCUCCACAGACAUAUCCCAACUAUUCACACCCACCCCCUCCGCCCAAUCCACCCGUCUUCAAGCCCCAACCGCCUCCUGUUCCUAUCUCCGCGAGCGAAAAUCCAGAUGCCAUCGCGCUCCGUUCCGCCAUCUCAAUCCUGCAAAUGCAGAAGCAGCAAAGUUUGCGCGACAUCCAGGCGUUGGAUCGCAUGAAAGAGGCCGCCGCCGCUGAUCCAGAGGGGUUUGCGAACGAGCUGGCAGCAGGUCGGUUGAAGACCGAGGACCGCGGUGCUGUGAUCCAGUUCUCCGAGGACGAUGCGAGGGAUGAUGAAGAGAAUGAAGAAGGUUCAAAACGAACGACUCUGGAUGGCUCAUCGGCUUCGAAUUUCGGCCAUAUCCCUGUUCCACAGAAUAUCGUCCGUAUGCCCCCAAUCAACUGGGCCAAGUAUCAGGUUGUUGGAGAACCACUUGACCGCAUGCACGAGGAGCAAUUACGUCGACCGAGCUCUGGGGAACCCAGACGGCAGCGCGCCCCGGAACAUGUUUUGGCCUCGCCGUAUAGGCCACUGGUAGAUCAGUUGGAAGGACCGAGACUCGGCCGUCCCAGCAAGGCGAAAAAGACGUGA